CGCAGUCAGCGAGCCCACACUACACGCUACACGUCCUCAUUAUUCAUUCAGUCGCAGUCGCAGUCUUGCUCACAGUCGGGUUGGUUGGGGAAGUGUUACAUCUACCAUCUGCUACUCCACAUUGAUAGUCGUGCAGCCAGCUGAGCUGAGUGGCAUGGUUACGUUUUGUUUAUCCUAACCUAAAUUUUAGGACAUUUUAGUAUUUAUUUACAAUUAUGCUAAGGUGAUAUUAGCUGAUUUUAGUGUUUUGUGUGAGAAUUGUGCAAUCAAUUGUUUGAAUUUGUAUCAUAUUAAAAGAUAGAAUGCUUCCAUCAACUCGACUAGUAAACAAAUCUCCUAACUACUUCCAAUGCGAUUUACAACAAAAUGAUCCUGCCAUUGAGAACUUAAAAAGUGGAUUGGUAAAGGGAACCAGUGAGGCUGACGUUGAACGUUGUAUCGCUCUGCUACAGCAUGUGGGAAACUGUAGGGAUUUGACGGCUUGUCAGGAAGGAGGGGCUUGUGUGAGGACUAAGCGAGUGAUAUUCCACUACUGGGUCUGUCGUGUGACUCAUGAGGGCCGGCACUGUUCUAUCUGUCAGCAGCUGUUGACUCUGUGUAAAUUGCAUGCACAACGUUGUCAGGACAGUAAGCUGGGCUGUGAUGUGCUGCAUUGUCCUAACAGGAAGAAGUCCUUGCUUUCUUCAAACAAUCCAUCUCGUGAUGAGUGCAAAGAGUUGUUCGCGAAACUGAUGAAAGCACUGCGUUCGCCUUCUUCCGAAGAGGAGAAAAUGAGGCAUGUCAAAGGCCUUUGUAUGAAACAUCCGCAGGUUACAGAGGGAAUGCUCAGAGUGCUGCAGAAGAUGAGGCAAGUGAGACUUGGACGAAGUCAAGUUGGCCGAAAUCCGAAACAUCUGACUAGACCGACUCCAGUGCGUCAAGUAAUUAGACCAACUUUGUUCAUGCCCGAUGCUGUAAAGCAGCUUACCAGAUCGAUCAGAGAAAUGAACUCCUCUGACUCUCUUGUUUCUUGGAAGGCCAAGAUUUUGUUCACUCCCAAGUAUUAAAUGUUCAGGAAAUUAAGUUAAACCAGUGCACCAAGUGUCAUGGUAUAAUUUGUAUGUAUUGGAAACAUUAAGUAUUACAAUGAAAUAAAACUAUAACUUGAUAACUUUUGCUCACACAUUUUCUUAAGAAACCAACUUAAGCAUUUGUACUAUCAGUUUUGUAGCACUUGGAAGAAGACAAGUUAAUCAAAAAAAGUAGUUUACAUUAAUAUUUACUAGAAAGUUCACUUUUAUGUUCUAGGAUUUUGUAUUGUGUUCAAAUCAAAUGUUAUUAAGUUGGAUGAUCUAUACAGUGGAUCUUAAACUUUCAGAUGUUAUAUGGGGCAAACAUAUGUGAAGGGUCAUUUAUUUCACCAGUUAUACAUUUAUAAAGUGUAUACAUUUAAAAUAGAUAUGCAUAUUUACACUGUGUGGUGGGUUCUUUUUAAUAAACUUUGGACUAAUUUCAAAACCCAGAUUUUGUAGUGAAUUAUUUGAAAUAUUCCAUUACGAAAUAUCCAAGGUAUAAAUAGACCAAUCUACCAAAGAACUUUGAAACAUAAGACUAAGGAAACAACAAAUAAGUGGCAUAUGAAAUCCACAAAUACUAUCUUCAACAUAUUUACACUUAACCUAAAAAGUAUAUUAUCAACUUGAGACUGCAAUAUAGAAGUACUUUCUCCAAGUACGUACUUAGAAACAAAUAUGAAUGAAGUGUGAGUGUCUGAAAUGUAUCUUGUUAUCAACUUAGAUUGACUGUUAUUCUGCAAAAGUACAUGAUUAAUAAUCCAAUAUCCUAUGGUGACCAAGAGAGUCAUAUAUAUUUAUGUGGAUUCUGAACAUUAGGGAUUCUAGACUUGGUUGUAUUGAAUAGACUGCUGAAAAUCUAAUUUGUAAUGUAACUUUCUAUAUUUUCACUAUCCUAGGAUGUCUUUACACCUCUCUCCUUCCCUAAACCUUCCAUGACAAAUAACACUCUAAAUAGGCUAAACUUAAAUCAACUGAAUUUAAGACUAAUUUGCUUGAACCAGAUUAUCAGAGUUUUUGAAAUAAUUUGAAGGAACAAAAUUAUUACUGUUGUAUUUGUGUUCAAAAUGAUAUUUCUUGGAUUUGGGAUGUAAUUUGUACAUUGUUUCUUGAUUCUUGUACCUUAUUUAUGAUUUUGCCUGUUGAAUUAUUUUUCAGUGUACUGGGAAGAGAUCAGAUCAGUGUUUCUGUUUUUUCUAAGACUACCAGUUGACUGUUUCUUGUAACACAUUUCCGUCAUCCUGUGAAUUUAAUUUAUUGUGAUAUUUAAAGUUAUUGUUGUCUUGGUGUAGUUCCUCAAGACAAAACUAAUUGCGAUAAGGAUCUGUAAUUUUGAUAAGCAUAUUACUUUUACCAAAGAUCUACAAGUUUUUAGUGUAUGCUAAGAGUCAAAACAUAAGAAUGGCUGUACCCAAAGAGUAAAGUACUCAUGUUUUGUGUUUGUACUAUUAUGAUCUCUCAUGUAUUUAUUACUUAAAUACUACUGACUAUUUUUAUUGAUACAAUAUAGGUUGAAUAAACUGUGAUACAAUUUUGUAGUGGAUGACUCUUAAUGUUUAAUGAAUGAAAAUAAAUUUCUAGUUAUUAAACAUGAAAGUUACA